AUGCCAAGGAGUGGACAUAUUGUUAGUGAUUUGCAUUACCACCAGAAAGGUCAUAGGAUGUCUCAGGCGCUACCAGACUCGUAUUUCCUGAAUUAUGCUUCAGACAAUUGUCAUAUUUCAUCGAAUGCGUGGGUGGCGUGUCAGUUUUCCAAUGAACUGUGCUUCGAACAUUUCUUGGCGAUCGGUGACGAAAAUGGCUAUAUUCACGUAUUAGAUGUAAGAGAAGAUGUCAUCUCCAAUUCAUUUGCGGCUGAUCGAAGUUGUGUUAUCGAUGUAGCAUUUGUUCCCAAUUUUCCAAAUCUUCUCCUUUCAAUUUCUGGUCAUGCAAAAGUCGCAUCCUGGGAUAUUGAGCGAAAAAAACUUUUGCAACUAUUUACGGGACAUGAAGGAUCAGUUCGAGCUCUUACUGUAUUCAGCAAUAAUCCUAAUCUUUUUGCUACAGGAGCUCGAGAUGGAACAAUUUGCAUAUGGGAUCGACGAGAUUCUCAUAUUCAUUCUUCGCGUCCGUAUAACGUCUUGGAGGCUACACAUCCUUUGCUUUCAUCUCCUAACCAUAACUUUGGAAUAAAACGGAGAUCGCAGUUACCGCUUUCAACAAAUUCAAAAGGAGUCACUUCUUUGAUACAUCAUGAUGGCUACACUUUGAUAUCAGCAUCUUCAUCUUUUAAAACUGGCAUUCGUUUCUGGGAUCUUCGUUACCGUGGAAAAACUACUCCAUUUCGUAUUUUAGGAGAUUCUAACAAUACUUCAUCUCGUGAUUUUGGUAUUGCAUCUCUAUGUCUUGAUCGCUUCAACUCUUUACUUUUUGCUGCAUCUACAGAUUCAAAAAUUUAUGAAUACAGCAUUCAAGGAUCAAAAGAUUCACCUGUUAACAUCUUACAAGGAAUUAAGCGUCCACCUUUCAAUACAUAUGAUUUUAAAAUAGCUGCUUCACCGUUAUCAGAUCAUGUUAUGUUUGGUAGUGGUGAUUGUUUUGCUGCAAUUUGGGAUUUGCAGGAAAGAUAUACAACUUAUAGCUCCGGAAGGUUAAACUACUUACCAUACCCAAAAUAUACUUUGGGUGGUCAUCGUUUCGAAGUUACUGUGGCGAAAUUUAGCUGUACUGCACGUUACAUCUCAACAAUGGACGAUUCGUAUUUGAAAAUCUGGAAAUGGAAGGAAAAGAAUAUUGAUAAUGAGGAGCUUUCGCCACUUUCAAUACAUCAUGAUCGAGUUGAAUUAUAUGAAUUGCCAGAAACAUUUAUUGCUGAAAAUUCCAUGAAAGUGCUGAACGUGUCACCUUCGACUUCGCAGAAGAAUUUAAAAAGAAGUCCUUUCAAAAGUCCAUUUAAAAGUCCUUUGAACCAUUUGAGUCCUAGCUCAAAGACGGAAAGUGGAUCACCUGUGAAGAAAAUAUUUAGAGCUGACGAAUCCCCACCUUUGAGAGAUUUAACGAAUAAAUCAAGUCAAGUUUCUCAACAACUUGAUUCUUCAGAAAGUGAUGACAAAAAGAAGCCAGCAAUCUGUGCUUUUCAUUAUAAAUAUCCAACGAUGCAUUUACCAAAUUCUGUGAAAGACAGAAUAAAUGCAUUGAAAAAAAAUUCCACCAUAAUCACAUCAGAUGCAGAGGGAAGUUCGACAUCCUCGUUAAAUCCAGAUCAUAAAGCUCUGAAAGCAAUAAAAUCACCAGCAAUAUCUGACACUUUGAGUCAAGGUUGUUCGCAUUCUAGGAAUUCAUCGCUUUUCAGCAGCCAGGUCACAUCGGAACGAAACAAAAAAAUUAGUGUACAGCGAACAAUCGACCAUUACUUUAGCAAGAUACCAAAAACUUCUUGA